GCUAAGGCGUAGGCGGGGCCCAACACCGGCGAGGGGCGGCGGCGGCGGUGUGCUCGUCGCCAUGGACGAGCAGGAGUUCCGGAGCAUGCUCGAUCUCUUCCCCGUCGUCCGAUCCCGCGACUACUGCAAGGCUGAAUUGGAAUCAUCAAGCAAAGGCACUGCACAGCAAGCACAAGCUCAGGCGACAAAAGGAACAAACAAGGAGCCAUCUGCUGCAGAAGAUGUCUUCCUCAGAAAAUUGAAGAUGGCUGCUGCGAAAAAGGUUGGAGCAACAAAGGCAGAAUUGUUCUGCAAGACAUUUGAAGAAGCCCACAACAAACUUGUUUACAAAGAACUGAAUCUGGAUGCGGCUCAAAGAUUCCUGAAUGUCUACAAGAACUGAUGAUGAACUAUUGCGUAUAUUGCUGAGCAUUCAACAAGUGCCAAUUGACCUGCUUUUAUCAUCGGAAACUGCUGGUGAUGUUAGGAUUUCUGAUUUGCUUUUCUGGUUCUCAUCUUGUGUGAAUGUGAUAGAGAAAUCCAUUGUUGAUUAGCUGCCUUUCUCUGAUGUACUGUCUUGUCUUGACACAUACAAUGGGAAAUCAAAUGCAAUCUUUCCUGCAA